GGGCAACCAGCGAUGAGCGGCAGAGUCUGCAGCAGCAAGAAAAGUAUACCGCAGCCGCUUGCUAACAUGUCUUCAUGUCCAUAGCUAGCUAGCUAGCGCCGCAUGGAUGCGCUAAACUGGGAAUAACAAUCUUCAAAAAGCGAGCAAAAGUCGUCGAGACAACCCCUAGCCGGAUCCUCGACGUGAAAUGACACUUUUGGUCGACCGCUUGACACUUUUUUGCACAUUGGAGCGCCUCUGAUGUCCGCCGGUCGCCGCCGCUCUCCAUCGGGCGGAAACACUCAGCACCCAUCCCAACAGGGUCGCCGUAAGGUUCCAGGUACCACUGAGAUGGCGCGUGCAGAGACCACGGAGGGCGUCUCUGCAGCUGCAGCAGGGGGUGCGAAUGGCCCUCUCCCGCAAAACCACCACAGCUCAAGCAGCGCCUUGCCCAACACGCAGCACCCUCACUCACCUCCGCUGCCCACCAGCCUGCCUGGCCCCACGCCCCAGACGCCAUCGCCGCCGCUGAGCCCAGCGCAGUCGGACGAACGGCAGGAUCAGGGGGCGCUCCUCAGACGCAGACCCCUACCGGAACUGCCGCCUCAGGACGAGCACGAGUCGGCGGAUCCGCUCCCGACGCCAUGGCUGGACACCACCGCAAUGGGCCAGCAGCUGAAGACCAUCGGAGACGACUUCAAUGCCUCAGUGCUGCGAGCGCACGACUCCGCCUACUGGCAGUACUGGAGAGGCUUCCGUCGAGGCCUCGUCACCCUGGUCCGCGCCCUCGACAGGCUGGUCUAGUUCGCCCGGUCGGGAGCACAUCACCAUCCUCCAAUCGGCGUCCCUUUUCUGCUGGUUCAGACUGCACCCGACCCUGGCUGCGUGUGGGGUUUUUUUUUUGGUCCUUUUUCACCUGCGCGACGGUCCAAACUGGACGCUGGCGCUUGCGGCCAGCUAGUUACAUUCAUCUCAACAGGAGCACAAUGACGUUUUCAUUCACCGGAAUGUCCUUCCACAUGAAAUAGUUUCAUUUGGUGGUGCGACACGUGCCUUUGUGACACACACACAUACAUUUCCUGAAGUGUAAAUAUUCCUUUUCAAUCAGACAAAAGUGGCCUGUGGAAUACCGAGUGUUUUGUUUGUAAGUUGCAACACUCAAUGUUGAUUUCAUUCCCGACAAGUAUUUCAUGUUUCAGUUGUCACCAGUCAGUUUUGUGCGAUUGCUUUGUAGUUAAGUUAAUUUAUUUCCAACGGUAGCAUAUUUGGAGCCUCUUUUGUUUUGUUUUGUAUGUUUAAUUUAUUUGUUCUUGACAUUCCUGUUGUUGGCGUAGCUGAUGCUUCAAUAAGCUGAAAACUGGAUCUGCAUGUCGAAACACAAGACGAUCAGACGCUAAAAUAAUGAUUCAUCAGGACUCGGGAAACUGUAGCAGGAUUUGGAGCUGAAAACAAAAGAUUGAUGUUUGUCGGAUUCAAGCGCACUUUUACGUUGCUUCCGUUUGUCUUUGUUUUUCCAGCAGCAUGUUCACCGCGUCGUCUUGUUUUCGGUGUUUGUG